ACUUAAGCGACGCGGGACUCUUAGCUGCUAGAGAAUAAAAGCGGGCUUUCAUUUGCUGAUGUGUAUCUUGGAGUGAAUUUUGCCUUCCAGGGGAAAACACCGCAAAAGUACAACGAAAGAAAUGGAUAAAUGAAAAAGAAGAACUUCUUGUAAAUCGGUCAAUUCAAAUCAAAAACAACAAUUUAAAAAAAAAAAACGCGAAUGAUUUUAUCGAUGGUGAAAUUAGAAUAUAUACAAUCUGGACAUUGUGGAUCUGCGUAACUACCCCAGUCACUGAACAGUAGCCUAUUAGUGAAAUCAAAUAGCGAUGUCACAACUGGAUGCGUAGCGCUUAACUAGGCGACUUAACAGCCGAAACAGGUGUUGGAUUUGCCUUAGUGUUUGGGAUGAAUGCACACCUGGAAUUUAAUAAGAAAUAUUUUAAAAUUACAGUAGUCUAGGAAUGGAUUAAAUGAGGUAAGAAGGCAUAAACUUGUUUAAAUAUAAAGCCUGAAUACAGAUCAGAUUACAUUAUAAAAAAUAAUCUAAUACGGUUAAACGAAAUAAUCGAACAUUUUGAAAUUACGUUAUGCAUUAGGCUAUAUAAAGAGUUAGCAUGAAUUACGUUCAGGCUGCAGUGAGAAAUUAAUUGUUUUUAUACAAUUAGGAAAACGUAUAGUUAAAAAGCCCGGUUCAGCACUACAUUUGUUUACAAUAACUGCAUUUUCUUUUUAUUAUGUGAUCUUGCAACAACUAAGUUAAGUAGUUCGUGUAUAGCAAUAAUGGAAUGCCAGUGGAGCUGCAAUUAAAGGGAGCCCGAGGUAAUUAACGGGACUGGUCAGGAUCUAUACACGUGCAGAAAAUGGAGCCAAGCCGACUCUUCUUCCUCUUGAAGUCCGUAAUACUUCUGAAAGGCCUGUGCCACUGCUUCAACGUGGAUGUGAAGAGGCCCAGGAUCUUCAGCGGGCCCGAUGGCGCCCUCUUCGGCUCCUCCGUGAUGCAGCAUGAGGCCGACGGUGAAAAGCUGAUGUUGGUUGGAGCUCCAUGGGAUGGGCCAUCCAAUCACAGGAAAGGGGACAUCUACAAAUGCAUUGUGGGGAAUGAGAGGAAUUCAAACUGCACAAAACUCAACCUAGGGGAGGCAGCGCUGCAGAACGUCUCUCGGCACCUGAAGAAUGCACACCUGGGCAUGACGCUGAGCCCAGACACUCCGGACGGCUUCCUGGCAUGCGCCCCCUUGUGGUCACAGGAGUGCGGGACGUCAGUAUUCAGCACAGGAAUCUGUGCCUCUGUCAGCGACAGCCUGAAGCCUCGGGAAACCAUCGCGCCCACUGCCCAGAGAUGUUCAACCUUCAUGGACAUCGUGAUCGUGCUGGAUGGCUCCAACAGUAUUUACCCCUGGUACGAGGUGCAGAACUUCCUCAGCAACAUCCUCAGCAAGUUCCACAUCAGUCCAGACCAGAUGCAGGUGGGGGUGCUGCAGUAUGGCGAAGUCACCACGCACGAGUGGUCGCUGAAGGACUACCAGACGACAGAGGAAGUGGUGGAGGCCGCCAAGAACAUCAGCCGGCAGGAGGGCCGUGAGACGCGCACGGCGUUCGCCAUCCACACCGGAUGCACUGAGGCCUUCAGUCCAGAGCGAGGUGCCAGGGAGGGGGCCACCAAGGUCAUGAUCGUGGUGACAGACGGGGAGUCACAUGACGGCGAGGAGCUUCCGGACGCCCUCGCCGAGUGUGAGAGCCGCAACAUCACCCGCUACGCCAUUGCUGUCCUGGGACACUACAUCCGCAGGCAGCAGGACCCCGAGACCUUCAUCAAUGAGAUCAAGUACAUCGCCAGCGACCCCGACGAUAAGUAUUUCUUCAACGUGACGGACGAGGCGGCCCUCAACGACAUUGUGGAUGCUCUUGGGAACCGGAUCUUCAGCCUGGAAGGGACCCUUGGGUACAACGAGAGCUCCUUUAAGAUGGAGAUGUCCCAGAUUGGAUUUUCCACACACGUCCUGGAUGACGGCAUCCUGUUCGGGAUGGUGGGGGCCUACGACUGGGACGGAGGCGUGCUGAAAGAGGGCAGAUGGGGACGAGUCAUGCCCCCCCGGGAGGCCUUCGAGAAGGAGUUUCCCAUGGAGCUGAAGAACCAUGCCGCAUAUCUAGGAUACACCGUGUCUUCACUCACUCUGGCGAACGGAAGGAGGUUGUAUGUUGCUGGAGCUCCACGGUUCAAACACAAGGGCAAAGUGAUCUUGUUUGACCUGAGGCCCAACGGAGAUGUGAUUAUCUCCCAGGCUCUUAACGGAGAGCAGAUUGGCUCUUACUUUGGAAGUGAGGUAUGCGGACUGGACGUGGACAAGGAUGGAUUCACUGAUGUUCUGCUGGUGGCUGCCCCCAUGUUUCUUGGGGCGGGGAACAAGGAGGCUGGGAGGGUUUACAUUUACAACCGGAACAGGGUUUUGUUUACUGCCAAUGGGACCCUCCAGUCUCAGCCCAAAGCCCAGGAUGCCAGGUUUGGCUAUGCCAUGGCAGCGGCCCCUGACCUCAACCAUGAUGGUCUAACAGACCUGCUGGUGGGCGCACCGCUCGAGGAUGGCCACCAGGGGGCACUGUAUGUUUACCAUGGCCAGGGGAAAACCAUCAAUCCUCAGUUCAAACAGCGUAUCCCUGGCUCCGCCCUCUCCCCGGGCCUCCAGUACUUUGGGUCCAGCUUGAGUGCCCGGCUGGACCUGGACGGGGACAAGCUGCUGGACCUGGCUGUGGGGGCUCAGGGAAACGCCGUUCUGCUCAGCUCACGCAGCAUCGUGCAGAUCACCGUCGAGCUGACCUUCUGGCCAUACUCCAUCAAUGUGAUCCACAAGAACUGCCAGAGGGGCAGCCGGGACUCCGCCUGCCUCAACGCCACCGCCUGCUUCCAGACCACCUCCCAGUCACCCGGCUCCCACGGGACACCGUUCGAGCUGGACGUGACUGCCCUGCUGGAUGACAGGAAGCUGUCAGCACGCGCCCUUUUCGACAGCAGCUCGCAGCGGCAGAUGGCCACGGGGGUGGAAGCCCGUGUUGGGGACUCAGUCUGUCUCACACUGCCCUUCCACGUCUUUGACACAGCUGACUACAUCAGGCCCAUCAGCUUUACGCUUCACUUCAAGAUCAACGAUUCAGAAAUCGGCCCGGUCCUGGACGAAGGUUGGCCGACCACAGUCAAGAGCCUGAUCCCGUUCUUCAAGGACUGCGGUGAGGAUGAUGUGUGUGUGACGGACCUGGUGCUGCAGGCACGCAUGGACAUCUCAGGGACAAGGCAGGACCCACACGUGAUCCGCAGCCCCCGUCGGCGCUUGGCGGUGGAGGUGACCCUGCAGAACCGUCUAGAAAACGCCUACAACUCCAGCCUGAGGCUACAGUACUCGGCCAACCUGCACUUCUCCACCCUCAGUGUCCGGGAAGACUCCCAGUUUAAGACUGAGUGCACGGCCCUCAGAACCGGCAGCCACUCCUGUAACAUCAGCUAUCCCGUCUUCCGCUCCCAGUCCAAGGUCAGCUUCCUGCUGGAGUUCGAGUUCAGUUGCACAUCUCUGCUCAACAAAGUGCAGAUAAAUCUCACCGCUGUAAGUGACAGCGUUGAGCGCAAGGCCACGCUACACGACAACAGCAUCCAACUGCACAGCGUGGUGAAGUACGAGCCGGACCUCUUCCUCACCAGCGACUCCAACCUGAACCGCUAUGAGGUCCACCCGACCCGCACAGCCUCAGAAGGUUUGGGGCCCAGGUUCCACACCAACUUCAGGGUGCUGAACCUGGGCUGCUUCUCAGUCCCAAACCUGGAGCUGAAGCUGCGUCUGCCCUCCAUCACAUCCGGAGACCGUCUCUUCAUGUCUGUGAUCAACGCAAGCUCCCAAAACGUGUUGGGGGUCAGCUGCACCAUCCAGAGCGACUUGGCCCAGCUGAAGGAGAAGCAGCGAGAUGUGCGUCCUUUACACCCCGAGGACAUGCAGCAGUCAGAGCAGCUGAACUGCUCCAGGUCAUGGUGUGUCAUUGUGGUGUGCCAAAUCCAGGAGCUCCUGCACGGACAAGCAGCCGUGAUCCGGAUAACCAGGAUGGUGCAUGAUAGCUUCUUCAGAGAGGCCAAGUUCAGAGCAGUUAAGAUUGUGAGCACCUACAGCCUUGGGGUUCGGCAGUCCAGCUUCAUCACGUUGGGAAACAGCGCCCUCGUGAGGGAGACAGUGCUGGAGGUGUUAAAGGGCCGCUCCAUCCCCAUCUCUCUUUGGAUCCUCAUCGGCAGCAUCAUCGGGGGCCUCCUGCUGCUGGCCUUGAUCAUCUUCAUCCUGUGGAAGCUGGGAUUCUUCGCGAGGAAGCAGAGGGCCGAGGAGGAUCCCCAAGCACACGACUGAGCCCGACCCCAGGAGGGAGACUCCACGGUGGUGCAACAACCAAGGUCCAGCUCUAGGGCGGCGCCAUGCGCUGUUUCAUCCAGCCCAGUCAGGCUGCAUUUGGAUGGCUCCAGACUGAAUUGUACAGUGUGUGUGUGUGUGUGUGUGUGUAUAUAUAUAUAUAUAUACACAUAAAAACUGAAGAAGCGUGAAACAUCAUUGUGGAUAACAGGGUCAAACAGAGCAAGCACAUGAUAUUAAUAUCAAACUAGACCGACGUUUGGCGUUACUUUCUUGGUCUUUCUUGUGGUUGAUUCAGAUCCAGUAUGAAAUUAUUGGAACGGUAAAUAUUAUUCAUACAUUUUAUUUUCAGAUAUCAUGACUGUCAGACAGCAAAAAAAAACUGAUGCACCUGAAUGUAAACCAAAUAUGCACUAAAUUAUCCAUAGUUAUCCCUCAAGAUGCAAUAAAAUAAACUGACAAACAUA